UAUGUUUCAAUCAAAUACGCGGUAAAGUUUCUUAUUUUGUUGAUUGUUUACAAUCAUACAUGGUCAGAUUUUUAUCCAAAAUAUUCCGUUAUAAAGUCAAAUAGUGUCAACAACUGAUUCAUAUAAUUGAACUUAAAAAAUACUUUGUUAAUGGCAGAUCCGGCAAAUAAUCAUUUGUUUAACAAUUUAAGGUCAAUAUGUAAAUAACUAGAAAAUUUGGGUAUUACGAUUCUUAGAACGCUGUGUUACUGGCGAAUUUUCUUCAGCAACUGAUGAGGACAUUGAAAAACUGAAGAUUCUUAAACAAACUCACAAAUGUAACGAAUUAUACUGUCUGCUCCAUUAGAUAGUAAUUAGUUUGGAAAAGAUAAUAGGAAAUUUUUUAAUGAUUUCAAAUUAACCAGACUUAUUUUUAAAUUAUAAAAGUCAAUUUAAUAUUUGAACAAGAAAAAUUAAUCAUGGAUCGACGAAAAAGUCUUGGACACAUGUUAUUAGAGAAUUCCACCAGUCCAACAACAGGAGUUUUACAACGUCGAUCGGCUCUUGUUACCAGACAAUCAGAAAUCGAUCUUAAUGUUAAUGACGAUGAAGCAGAACGUGCAUCAUUACGACUAUUAUCAGAACAGAGCCCAACUAAUCAAACAUCAAUUACCCGUCGUUCAUUAAACUUGGGAACUAUUGUAAAUAUGACAUCUCCGCAAAUUGUCGAUGGUAUAGCACAAUGUAUUAAAUUAAAUGCUGAGAACAAAAUAAAUAUAAAAAAUGCAUUUAGUUUAAACAUGAUAGAUUUCAUGUCUUGGAUGGCAAAAAACAAGCAGCAAGAAAUGGGAAAUUUACAAAUGGCUGCUGUGGGCUUAGAUGUAAGUGCUAAAAUUUAUGCAUUAAGGGUUACUGAUCUUUAUAAUAAGACAUUGAACAUGGCAGGAAACUUAGUGCCAGAAAAUAAUGAUGAACCAGAAAACGAAAAUACAGAAGAGAUAAACGCAGAUGUUGAAGGUUCACAAAAUUUGCGUCAAUCACAACAAAGGAAAAAAAAGCGAAAUGCAAAUAAAGAAUUAUUUACAACGAUUAAAGCUUUAGAAGGAAAAAAAGAUUCUAUUAGCUUAGAUCCAAUCAUGUAUGGAGAAAAUGAUUGUCAGCUUCCUUCAAUGUUAUAUCAAUAUUUAUUUCCUCAACAUUGUACUCCAAGUUUAUUUCUUCAUUUUUAUAAUGACAUUAUCAUCGAUGAAAAUGUUGUUGGAAAUGACACUAACUCAAAUAUCCAUAUUUCAUGGCCUCCAAUUCUUCCUAGCUCUGAAAGAGAAAUAAAUUCUUUAUGCACUAAUUUCGAAUUUAUAAAUUAUUCAAUAGAUUCAGAAAAUAGUAGUCCAAAUUCAAGUCAAUCUCAACCUCAAUCACUACCUCAAGAUAAUAAUCUUGUAUUCGAUUUUGAUGCAAGCCUACCCCCAAAUAAUGAAUUCGAAGAUGUAGCCGAUUCCUAUGAAAUGGACAAUGAUGAUUAUGAACACCGAGUGGGAUGUCAUUCACAACCAGCAGGUCCUGUUAUGUUAGCCACACUUGAAAAUAUUAUAGAUAAACUUCCUACUCGACGUCUUGAAUAUUCUGUAUUUGAUCAUUCAUUGAAUAUCCGCUGGGUUGGACCAUCUCAUUGGAAGAUCAAAAGUCUUGUUAAAAAUCAAGGAUCAAGUCAAGCUACUGAAGUUUGUACACAAAAUCCUAAACGAAAAAGAAAAGAAUUUAAAUUAGAAUAUUCAACGGAAAAAAUUAAAAUAGACAAAAAGAAAUUUAAAAAAUGUAAUUCACAAUUAAAAAUUUCAACUCUUAAGUAUUCAUGGGAUGAAGAGAAAUUAUUCUUUCAUUACGAACCAUGCUAUGAUAAAUUAACUGAUUCAUUGUAUAAACUUUUUAUGAGACCAGAAAUUAUGAUUACGUUGGCCAAAAAUACAGAUAUUGAUACAAAUACUGUAGAAUUGAAUAAUGAAGCUGGUGGAUAUAAUGAUUAUAAUUUAAAUGAUACAUAUAAUGAUUGUCCUGAUAAUCAGAUUGAUGAUAUUCCUCUUAAUGAAAAUUCAAAUCAUGAAAAUUAUGAAUCAGAUGAUGUUCCUCAGGAUUUUGUUGGUGAAAAUUUAAUUGAAGCUCCAAAAUUAACUCAAAAAAUAUUUAUUCCUUUCUCUCAAAGAGCCAAAAAACUUGACAUGCAUAAACUUAAAAAAUGUAUUUGGAAAGAAUUAACAACUGUAGAGCAUAAUCAUAAUGAAAAUAAUACACAUUCUAAUGUAAAUACUGUACAUGGAGAAAAAAGUUUCGUACAGGUUUUUGCAAAUUUACCUAAAAAACUCAAUAAAAAUGAUGCAGAAGACUUAAGUUUUCCCAUUGCUUUUGUAUCUCUUUUACAUCUUGCAAAUGAAAAGUGCCUAAAAAUAUCAGGAAAUGACAAUUAUUCAGACUUGAAAAUACAACAAGAUGAGUCAUGAGUUAAUUUUAUUGUAUAAAUUGUUAUCUAAUUUUCAUCUUAAAUAAUUAUUUUCAAUAAAAAAAAUGUCUUUUCUUA